AUGUCUACUCACAGCACCAUAUCGUCGUUCAUGUCGCCGUCUUCUCAGCAAGGCCCUGGCUUUAAUGCGCUGCUCAACCUGGACAUUGAGAGAGUCAUCGCGUCCACGAAGGUCACUCAUACGAACCGCUCCACAAUGUCCUGCAUACACCGAAUCAUGAUGGCUCUGGAGCAUACGAGGGCGUAG